AUGCCGACCUCUGCCAGAAGAUCUCCACAGACCAGCUUCGAUGGCGACCCUCCCGGGAUCCGGCGUAGCAAGCGCCUGCGUCACGUCGAAAUCGAAGAUAUACGGGACUAUGAAGCGUUGAGGACAAGGAAACGACAGCGGAUGCCUAAGGACCCCGGCGAAGGAGAUGUCCGAGGUAGCGACGAAGUCGAUCAAGAAGAAGGCGACGGCGAUCAAGACGAAGGCGAAGGCGAUCAAGACGAAGGCGAAGGCGAUCAAGACGAAGGCGAAGGCGAUCAAGACGAAGGCGAAGGCGAUCAAGACGAAGGCGAAGAUGCCGCCAAUUCCACACCUACUUCUGUACCGACGGCGACCAGAGUUACGGAUAGACCCGAUCGGCAACAGGUACGGACGAAUCUCCGGGUAGACACACUUCGCAAGGCCGCAAACACCACACGGCACAUGAACAGUCGCAGUUCCAAGGCCGUCAAAGCCCCCCGGGCUCCCGAUCACAUAAACAGGGACACCAGAUCGGCGAGUCUUGCCAGUAACCUCCGUGAGGCGCGUCCUCCAAGAUUCAUCUCACUGGCCAACAGCGAACAUGCUGCCGAGACCGAGCCCGUCGGAGAUGUUUACGAGUUCAGGGCUAGCUCGCCAAGGAAACCCAAAUCACAAAAAGUUACAACCACUAGACCCCGAAGCCGCAGGGUAUAUACUCCGCAGGAUUUCGAAACCGGCCACGGUCUUUUUGUCCAACAAGAGGCGGACGAUGGAGAUGAGAAUGACGAAAAUGGGAACGAAGGGGAUGUGAACGGCGAAGAUGAGACCGGCGGAGAUGAGACCGGCGAAGAUGAGAAUGGCGAAGAUGAGACCGGCGGAGAUGUGCACUUAUACGACGACCCCACCAUCGUAGGACUACCACCUUCGGCGCAAACAGAAAGCCAGGCCACCGAAGAUGCCGCACAUGGGGCGGGGCCGCAGUCGAGCGCAGCAACUGAGCAACUCCAACACCUUGUUGCCGAUAUGGGCUCGGCCUCUCCCGAGCCCUCAGAUGAAGCCGAUGACGGAUAUCCGGACGAUCACCUCAUUUUCAAUGAGCCUACGAGACAAGACCGAGUGGCCACAGCAUCAAUCAGGUCUUACUCCUUGAAGAGCAUUACGGAGCUAAUGAGGGGAAACGGCUGGACAAGAUCUCGCGAAAAAAUCACGCCCAUGACCAACAAAGAGCGGCUCUCGAAACGGACACGUCCUCUAUGGAACGAACUUUGCCACCUCAGAGAAUUUUGGGAGGGAAUGCCACGGGCGCCCCUGUUCGACCAGCAAUGCGACUACUUGCAUUCGGGCGACGAAGAUGCGAUAAGUGCGCGGCAGACCAUCAAGAACGUGGACAGUCUUGUCAGCGCGGUAGCCUAUAAAGCGAAGAAACCCAGCCGUGGAGAGGAAUCACACAUGCCGCCCCCACGGUUUGUGGUAGACCUCUAUGAGAGUAUCAUUCCAUUUCUCGUCAACAUACUCGAAAUCGUGUUCCAGAAGGGGGCCGAAACCGAGAGGUCGUGGUACACCGGGAGGUUCACCAAAAUACUAUUGCAGAUCAUGCAGAGAUUGGUCGCCUGGAUCUAUAGGCUGUACGAGGCAAUGCAGGCGAGCCUAGCAAGAAGAAGGCUGAUGGAGCAGUCACUCUCGAAAAGGACCAGCCGAGAAAAGUUGGGCGAGUAUCUGCGAGGCUUCAAAUCUGAGCUCAGACAAAUAUGGGAGGAGACAGAUGAGAUCAUCGAGCAGCAACAGCUUUAUGAGAAGAGGUUGCUGGAGUUAAAAACCAGAAAGGAACGGGAGCAGCGUGAGUUGGAGGCAGCGAGACGACGGCAACGGGAGCUUUGCGAUAGGCGCUUGCACGAGCGUCUGAGACGCAAUUCUGUCCAAGCGGCACAGAUAGAGGCAUAUUCGUCGCAGUAUCCCUCUCAAUUGGUGCUCUCUUCGCAGCUUCAGUCUUCUCAGCGGACAAGUCGCGGGACACAACAAGCGGCGCCGGCCCAGAUCGAGCCAGGGGACCGCGAAGAGACUGCCAUCGUCGGACCCAGCAAGCCGUGGCCCGAGGACGACGCUAAGAAGCUCUUGCAAAUACUGACAACGAGGCCGUGGAUGGAGAUGGAGGCCCUGGUGUGGGAGUUCGAGCGUAGCGAGGAAGACGUUCAGGCCAUGGUGGAGUUGCUGAAGCGGAGUGCCAGGACGUACGCCGCGUCCAAGGGCAAGACGGUUCCGGCGUUUGCUGCCAACUGA